AUGGCCACCAAGUUAAUACGGCUAGUUAAUGACAAGAAAAGAUAUGAGCAGGUUGGUGGCGGCCCCAAGCGGCUGGGACGAGAUGUGGAAAUGGAAGAAAUGAUGGAGCAGCUGCAAGAGAAAGUUCAUGAGCUUGAAAGACAGAAUGAAGUCCUCAAAAACAGACUCAUUUCAGCCAAACAGCAACUUCAAAUCCAGGGUUACAGGCAAACCCCAUACAAUUAUGUGCAAUCUCGUGUUAACACUGGGCGUAGAAAAGUGCAUGAAAAUGCAGGCGUACAAGAGUGCCCCAGGAAAGGUAUUAGAUUCCAAGAUGUCGAUGUAGCAGAAACUGUACAACCCAUGCUUACAAAAUAUGGCAACAGUUUACUUGAAGAAGCCAGAGGAGAAAUAAGAAAUUUGUUUUUCCUCAAACUACAAAUUCUUGUAAAGGUUCUUUAUUUCAGAGAAAAUGUUAUUCAGUCACAGAGAGGCCAGAUUGAAGAGUUAGAGCACUUGGCUGAGAUCCUGAAAACUCAGUUGAGGAGAAAAGAAAAUGAAAUUGAGUUAUCUCUUCUUCAGCUUCGAGAACAGCAGGCUACAGAUCAAAGGUCAAACAUUCGGGACAAUGUAGAAAUGAUUAAGCUUCAUAAACAACUAGUGGAGAAAAGCAAUGCUCUUUCAGUAAUGGAAGGAAAAUUUAUUCAGCUUCAAGAGAAGCAAAGAAGUCUCCGGAUCAGCCAUGAUGCCUUGAUGGCAAAUGGGGAUGAACUAAAUAGGCAACUCAAAGAGCAGCGUUUAAAAUGCUGCAGUCUUGAGAAACAGUUACAUUCCAUGACAUUUUCUGAAAGAAGAAUAGAAGAGCUGCAGGAUAGAAUUAAUGAUUUAGAAAAGGAACGGGAACUUUUAAAGGAAAACUAUGAUAAACUUUAUAACAGUGCCUUCAGUGCUGCCCACGAAGAGCAAUGGAAGUUCAAGGAACAGCAGCUGAAAGUACAGAUCGCUCAACUCGAGACUGCCUUAAAAUCUGACCUAACAGACAAAACUGAAAUCCUUGACAGAUUCAAAACUGAAAGAGACCAAAAUGACAAACUCAUUCAAGAAAACAGAGAACUACAGUUACAGUAUCUGGAACAAAAGCAGCAACUUGAUGACCUUAAACACCACCUGAAGUUUUACAACCAGGAGAGUGAUAUUAAUGCUGAUGAAUUGAGUGAAGCUCUCCUGCUUAUAAAGGCUCAGAAAUCACAAAAAAAUGGAGACCUUUCCUUUUUAGAGAAAGUAGACAAUAAAAUUAACAAAGAUCUAGAACACUCCAUGAGAGAGCUACAAGCAACUCAUGCAGAAACAGUGCAAGAACUUGAAAAGACGCGAAACAUGCUGAUUAUGCAACAUAAAAUUAAUAAAGAUUAUCAGAUGGAAGUUGAAGCAGUGACCCAGAAGAUGGAAAAUUUGCAGCAAGAUUAUGAACUCAAAGUGGAACAAUAUGUUCAUCUUCUUGAUAGCAGAGCUGCACGCAUUCAGAAACUAGAAGCCCAAUUAAAGGAUAUUGCCUAUGGCACCAAGCAGUAUAAAUUUAAACCAGAAAUCACGCCAGAUGACUCCGUUGAUGAAUUUGAUGAAACCGUUCACUUAGAACGAGGCGAAAACCUAUUUGAAAUCCAUAUCAACAAAGUAACCUUUUCUUCUGAAGUUUUACAGGCAUCUGGAGAUAAAGAGCCUGUCACUUUCUGUACCUAUGCUUUCUAUGAUUUUGAGCUACAGACAACUCCCAUAGUGCAAGGCCUUCACCCAGAAUAUAACUUCACUUCUCAAUAUCUCGUUCAUGUUAAUGACUUAUUUUUACAAUAUAUUCAGAAGAAUACUAUCACUCUUGAGGUCCACCAAGCUUACAGCACAGAUUAUGAAACAAUUGCGGCAGGAACUAAAGGAGACAUCCCAAAUUUUGGCACGGUGGAAUACUGGUUCAGAUUACGGAUUCCCAUGGAUCAAGCAAUUCGACUUUAUCGAGAACGAGCAAAGGCUUUGGGAUAUAUAACAUCAAAUUAUAAGGGGCCAGAGCAAAUGCAAUGGUUGAACUUCAGUUUACUGGAUAAUCUUAGGCCAUACCAUGAUACAGCCAUCAUUCCCAGUAGCAAUGAUCCACAGUUUGAUGAUCAUAUGUGUUUCCCUGUGCCAAUGAAUAUGGAUUUGGAUCGAUACCUUAAGUCAGAGUCUCUGAGUUUUUAUGUAUUUGAUGAUAGUGAUACUCAAGAGAAUAUAUAUAUAGGAAAAGUCAAUGUGCCUCUGAUUUCAUUGGCACAUGACAGGUGUAUCUCAGGAGUGUUUGAGUUAACAGAUCAUAAAAAGCAUCCUGCAGGAACCAUCCAUGUUAUAUUGAAAUGGAAAUUUGCUUACCUUCCACCAAGUGGAUCUAUAACAAUUAAAGACUUAGGAAAUUUUAUACGCAAAGAAGAGUCAGAAGUUGUUCAAAGAGUACCUCCAACAUCCUCUGUUAGCACAUUAGUUGUUGCACCAACACCAAAACCAAGACAGCGUUUAACACCUGUAGAUAAGAAAGUGUCUUUUGUGGAUAUCACACCACAACAGAGUUCUGUUUCUCAAGAAAGCAGUGGAGCUAAGGUAAAAGAGAAAAUUCAACAAGGAAAAGAUGAUGAUGUAUCUUUCCUGUCUGAGGGUCAACUUGCAGAUCAAAGCUGGACUUCUUCUGAAGAUGAAACAGAAAUAACUGAGGAAUUGGAACCAGAAGAUGAGGAAGACAGAUCAGCAUCUGACAGUGAUGAGUGUAUUAUUCCAGGUCAUAUCUCCAAGAAUAUCAAACAGCCAUCAGAAAAAAUUCGGAUUGAGAUCAUAGCUCUAAGCCUUAAUGAUUCUCGAGUAACUGCAGAUGACGCUAUCCAGCGGCUGUUCGUUGAAUGCAGAUUCUACAGUCUUCCUGCUGAAGAGACACCUGUGUCACUUCCAAAACCCAAGAGUGGGCAGUGGGUCUACUAUAAUUAUAGCAAUGUGAUCUACGUGGAUAAAGAAAACAACCAAGCAAAGAGAGACAUCUUAAAAGCAAUACUACUGAAACAAGAGCUGCCUUACAGAAGUGUUCGCUUCACAGUGGUCAGUGACCCUCCAGAGGAUGAACAGGAUCUGGAGUGCGAGGACAUUGGCAUUGCUAACAUUGACCUCGCUGACAUGUUUCAGGAAGGGAGAGACAUCAUCGAGCAAAAUAUCGAUGUCUUGGAUGCACGGGCAGGUGGUGGACGUAUCGGCAAGCUCAGGGUAACCGUCGAAGCGCUCCAUGCCCUGCAAUCUGUCUACGAGCAAUACAGAGAUGACUUGGAGGCUGAAAGAAGCUGCUCUGGAGGCAUCUCCUGCUCCUGA